UAUCUGGGUUGCGGAGCCUACCGGAGAGAAGAAUUUAGCCUCUUUACUACCCAAUGGCGGCAGCUGACCCGGAAACGGCCCAAAGACAAACAGAAGAAAUUGAAGCCCUCUCUGCUAUAUAUGGUGAUGAAUGGUGUGCUGUUGAUGAAGAUGAGAAGAUAUUCUGCAUUAAGAUUAGUGAUUGUUUGGAACAGCCAAAGUGGACUCUUUGUUUGCAAGUGAACCUGCCCCCUGAAUAUCCAACUGCAGCACCACCUAUUUAUCAACUUAACGCUCCUUGGCUUCUUGGACAGGAGUAUGCAGAAAUAGCAAAUAACCUGGAAGAAAUCUAUGCACAGAAUCUUGGUGAAAAUAUCAUUUAUCUGUGGGUAGAGAAGAUACGGGAAAUUUUGACAGAAAAAUCUCAGUCCUCUGCUCCAGGACCAGAUAUUAAGAAAAUUACUGAAGAAACUAUUGUGGACCAGCAUGAAGAAGACUUUUCACUGGAGCGUCAACCGUUUCAGCAAUAUACAGCCAUACCUCUGAAUUUUCAUCUUCCUGAAAGUGAAGAAGAUGAAGAGUUACCUCCGAUCUGUCAUGGAAACCCAAUCACAGACCGAAGGAGCACUUUCCAGGCACAUUUAGCACCUGUUGUGACCCCUAAACAGGUGAAAAAUGUUCUUGCCAAAUUGUACGAGAAUAAGAAAAUAGCCAGUGCUACUCAUAACAUAUAUGCAUACAGGAUAUACUGUGCAGACAAGCAGACUUCCUUACAGGAUUGUGAAGACGAUGGAGAGACAGCUGCAGGUGGUCGUCUUCUCCAUCUCAUGCAGAUCUUGAAUGUUCGCAAUGUCUUGGUUGUGGUGUCUCGGUGGUAUGGUGGUAUCUUGCUUGGACCAGAUCGUUUUAAGCAUAUCAACAAUUGUGCUAGAAAUAUACUGGUGGAACAGAACUACACUGAUUUUUCUGAAAAUGUUUCUAAGCAACCGGGAAAGAACAAAAGAAUACGGAAAGACAAAAAGAAAACCGAUUGCUAAUUCAUUUGUACAGCCAGGUUUUAACUUUCACUUCAUUUGACUUAAUUAAAUAUAACUGUUCAAUUGCUAAAAGGAAUUUUUGAAAGUCAAAAUAUUUUCACUCCAAGACAAGAAACAUUAUCUGUUGCUACAAAAUAUUCCCUUAUUGAGAAAAAUUUAGCAGCAGACUCAGGAAAUCUUUUCAGAUUUGCUCAGGUACUGAAAUCUGAAACAAAUAUGUUUUCCUGUAAAUUCUGUUAUUUUAAUUUAAGAAUCAUUAAACCAGGCAUAUUGUAGAUUCACUAUCAUCCUUUCCUCCCUAGGGAAAUUGUGAUAACAUAGGUCAGUAAGUACCCAUUACACCAAGAAGGAAUCUUCAGCGUUUUUGAAAAUACGCAGUUGGAUUUGACAAACUUGUCAAGUUUGAGUCUGUACUGGUAUUUAGUUUCUAAAUUCUCUGAUUGGCAGGGUUCUGUGCUAUUGUCAGGUAGCCAAACUAGCUCUUAUGGGUAAUUUUUUAAACAGCAUAUAACUUGUUUCUGUUGAAAAUAAUGAAAUGUAAAAUAAAUUAACUCUAGAUUAUGCACUUUAUUUGGUUCAGAUUUAUAUUUUUACAAAUAUAAACAAAAGAAACAGGCAGCUACAAGACCUUCUUUUCAAUUCCAUUCAGUGUUACCAUUUUAUUUCACCUCCACUAGUCAUAAAACAUUGACAGCCACUGACAAAGACAAGAUCUUGUGAACAGAGAGAAGGUGGAAGCUUUAAAAAAUAUGAUUACUGUAGUGACUCAGGGUUUCGUUAUCAGUAAAAAAAAACAAGCUUUGAUUUUUGUUAAUAUUGGGCAGUAUCCAACAACUCUGGAUAUGGAAGGUAUCAUUCAUUGUCAGUCUUCUGUGCAGUCCCACAUGGGAUUGCUCAUGUAUAGGCCUGCCGAUCGGAUAUGUUGUGCAUCUUUUAAUCCACAAUUUUCCGUUCAGCAUGGGGCCUCAGAUAUAUGGAUGUUGGAGAUAAUUGAAAAUGGUUAUAAAGUUGAGUUUGACAGUUUACCAUGUCUGAGUCUUCCUCCUAAAUUUACACAGAACACUUCACUUGCUCUGGUCAUAGAGCUGAGAUCAUUAUUAGAGAAAGGGGUAGUUCAGCAGGUCCCUGCAUCCAAAUCCUAAUUGGAGUUUUAUUCCAGGUUUUUCCUGGUCCAGAAAAAAGGAUGAGUUUCAGACCCAUAUGAGCCAGUUUGGUGUAGUGGUUAAGAGUGUGGGACUCUAAUCUGGAGAACCAGGUUCGAUUCCCCACUCCUCCACUUGAAGCCAGCUGAGUGACCUUAGGUCAAUCACAGCUUCUAGGAGCUCUUUCAGUCCCACCCACCUCACAGGGUGAUUGUCGUGAAGAUAAUAAUGACAUACUUUGUGAAGUCCUCUGAGUGAGCAUUAAGUUGUCCUGAAGUGCAGCAUAUAAAUAAAAUAUUUUUAUUAUUAUAUUAGAUUUAAGAGAACUAAACAGAUGAUUUCGGAUGAUGACCCUUAACAUGUUUUUUUUUCUUUUUUUCUUUUUUCUAAAUACAUUUUAUUUCAGUUUAUAAACUCAAAAAUAUAAGCAUAUAAUCACUAAAUCAUACAUCUUCUAUCAUCUACUUCUACAUUUAUCUACAUAAAACAAACUAGGCAUUUUAAAAUAAACAUAAACUAACAUCAUUCAAAUAAUUCUAAUCGUAUAGUUCACAUAUCAGUAUGGACUUGGCUUAUAUAUUCCUGAUUUUUCAUUUCUAUUUCAAUAUUUCUAUUCUAUCUUUACUGUUUAUUUUCAUCCCCACUAAAGAUUUUGUUAUAAACAUGUAUUAGAAACAUUUUGCUGAUCUCUUUACCUAUUCUCAUUUAAACUUAAAAUUCUUACUUAUUCUUGAUUAUUUCCCAUUUUUCUUGAAAUUCUGAGGUUGGUCUAUUAUGUAUAUAAGAUGUUAAUUUUGCCAUCACAUAUUCAUCUAAUUUAUUCUUCCAUUCCUUCAGAUCUGGUCAUUUAUUGCCUUUCAUUUUGCUGCAAAAAUCUCUCUUGCCACCAUCGCCAUAUACUUGAAUAAUUCACUAUAUAUUUUUGUAAUACUGCUUGGUAUAACAUUUAACAACAUAUUUUUGAAGUUUGUCACAAAUUUAAAUUUUAAUAUUGUUUGCAUUUCUUCAUGUAUUUCUAUCCAGUAUUUCCUUGCUGCUUUACACGUCCACCAAUGUUGAACAGCAAGGCCUUGGUGAGUCAUGCAGGCUGUCUGGUAGUUACAGCCAGGCCUGUUGAGUCUGUCUUCAAAAGCCCAAGCAGCCCUGGAAAAAGAGCUCUGUUCCUUUCUGCCUUUUACUGACAUAAUUCAAGGCUGGCAAUACUGUUUUGGUUGCCUAGCAACAGCCAUGUAGGGCAUUUUCUGUUCAUGACUCAAGUCUCUAUAUGUAAGUAUCCACAAAUGGGGCAGGUUGAGAAUUAAAUAUAUUAAUGCCACAAAAUUUCCAGCACAUGGAAAUCUCAUGUUGACCUUGUGAACACUUUUUUCUUUUGAAGUCCAGGAUGUUAUCCCAUAGGAGCAAAAUCCUAGUAAGUUUUGGUCUUAGAGAAAAAUUAAAAGUUCCCAUUUGAAGAGAUUGCUCUCUUCUUUGAUGACUGAAAUAUAUUUAAAAUUGAAAUAGAAGUAUGAGGAAACUGGAUUAUCUUUAAGAAUUGUUUCUUCCCAAAGAUUAGGUCUGUCUUUUCAUGGAUUGCAAUUUUUAUGUACCAACCCUGCUGUAGGGUUGUCGCCACAGAAAAAUAGCAGAAUGUAAUCUGCUAGUGUUUGGCUUAACUAUAUCACUUUAACAUUUACUUGUGGGUGGUAAAGUCUCCUACUGUGAAUUUAUUUCUCCUUUCAUCUGUUUUAAUUUAUGAUCCAAUUCUGCAAAGUGACAUGGACACAGUGAUAUUGAAUGAGUUAGAUUAGAUUUUUUUUAAUUUAUGGCACUUUUGCCAAAAUCCAAGGGAAGCAAUCUUGAUAGCUGUUAACCACACAAGUAUAAACACAGUCUCUGACAGAAACUCUAUUUUAAAAACCAUUAAAUUUUUUUUUGAAUUUUGUUCUUGAUAUUGAAUAGUGUAAAUCUGUUCUCAUUGUUGAAGGGGAAAAACUGCUUAUGUAAGGAGUAUUGGAAGGUUCAAUACUGGAUGGAGCAGAAAAUGUAUAUAUCAUCCUGCAAAGCAUAUUGCAAAGCAAUUAGAUUCAAGGGUUCUCAUAACUGAAAAUGGAAAAUAGUGUAAUGGAUGUUAAGUGCCUAACUUCUGUUCCUCAGGAUUGUUUCCUUAACAGUCAAUCUACCUGCAGAGUUGGAGUCUACAGAGUCCAUCUACACAUUACGAAGUCCCGAAUGUCUGCCUGUCUAGCUGUUCCUCCAUGGGGAACAGAUAGUUUUUCUGAAAACAUUACCUUACUUGAAGACUAAAAUUCCACAAGGCUGUUUUCAUAAAACUGCAUUGCCACGGACUCAAAUGACUACACUUCUAAGUAUGCUUAGCCAACCGAAUGAGAAGAGGAUAUAGCCAUAAAAGACCUGUUUUAAAGAUCAUACCUGAUCUUUAAAAGUGCUGGCAGUGUUUGAAGAAUUAAGGAAAAGAGGUGGUAAAUCAGCAACAGAAGAAUCAGUUGAGUUAACUGAAGACACACAUGACAAUGGUCAAGCCUUCCUAGGGAUUACGAAGAAUAGACAAGAGGGCUCCUCCAAGUCGGAAACAACCAAUAUCUAAGGAAAAACCUUGAAGGUCAAAAGAAAUUUUUAAAUUUUUAAAUAUAUUUUUGAAUGCAAAGUGCUGAAGUGUCAAACAUGCAAUUUCUAUUAAAUAUUACACAUAAGUAUCAAUAGAUCAUCCCAUAAAUAUCCAAUAAAUAUCCAAAUAUACAAUUAUAUACAAAUACAGUCAUGAGUUCAACUGGUAAAGUUCAAUCUUAUGAAGAUAAUGCAUUUCCGCCACAAUAUUUGUGGCAAUACUACUUUUUGUACAUCAAGCAAAGAAGGGUCAAGUAGGAUCUGCACAUAAAGACACACCAUAAAGAAUGGUGAUAGAAAAUGGGAUGAACUGGAUGAACUAGGAAUGGUAGUUUAAGAGAGGAGCUGGAUGUAUUUGAGCCAACUCUGCUUCUUUUCUGAUUCAAGGCCUGCUUACAGAAGCAGAACAACAGCCGUAUUUAGUCCUGUCCCCCCUCCUUCUUUUCAGUGUCUCAGGCUCAAAGAAUGGCAUGUGAGAAAAAGCUAGCAUCCAGAGUUAUACCUUAGAAACUUCAGACUUCCUGAGCUAAGCUAAAGACACAAGGGAGUUACAAAGGGAACAAUAGAACCUUGACUUUUUUAGUGUUAAACGUAACAUCACAAGCUCAGCAAGACUAUUCCUUAGAGAUGGAAGGAAAGACCAGCCUCCUGAGUGAUGUAGAGAGGGAGGAAAUUGAGAAUUUGGGAAUAUAUUAGCCCUCAACUGAGGGGCAAAACAGGUGGCUUCUUCUGCAUGAACUUCUCUUCAUUGGUCUGCUCUACAUGCUAGUUUUGGGUAAGAAUUAAGUGUAUGUUUUGAGUGUAGUAUGAAUUAGAUUCUGGAAAAUAAUCGCAGAAGUGCAGAUGGACUCCUUGCAUAUGCCUUCUGGGCAGAAAGUGUGUCUGGAUGAUUUUAGGGUUGAUCUUCGUCUGUUCUGCAUAUCUUGUACUCAACAAUUUUGGUUAAUUUUCUAGACAUGUUAAGGUCCACACAGAGUCAAUAAGAUCCAUGGUGUCCUGAAAUUCUCAAGACCAGAUCAGUCUGGUGGGGUUGGUGAUUGGCUUGAGAUAGGGAUGAGUCAGAGUAGAAAUCUUCCCUAUAAAUCCUGUUUCUGACAGAUGUAGAAAACUAGAAAAAAGGGAGAUUUGGAUGGGUAUCCUGUCUAGAUAGACCCUUCAAAGCAGAACUAGAAAUACCCAGAAAGCAAUGAAUGAUUCUGUCCUUAAAACUAAGGUAAAACCUUUACUCCUGUUGCAAUAAUUGUAUUAUUUUGUAUUGUAUUUAACAUUCUGGAAAUUGCAAAACAGUGGGAUGUAAGGUAUUGAUGAUCUAUAUUCAAACACAUUCUGAAGUCUUACAUUUUCUUCAUUGUGAGGCUGGAUGCAAGCUAAUAGUUCAUUGGGCCAUUUAUUCCAAUCUAAAAGCUCUUAGGUACAGCCGUAAGAUCUAUAUAACAUGACCUCUUCUUCCGUGCCCAGCUUCCAGGCAUCCUAUCAGUUCUUAACGAGGGAUGAUGUCCAAGGCUGUUGUCAACUUGCUGUAUGGAUCAUGGAGUUCUUGUUAUAGACGCCAGCAAUUUAUUGGGAGCAAAUGCUGAGCUGCAGUAUAUGAUAUGAAGACCGUCUCAAUGGCUUCUGUAAGGAAUGGCAUACCUUCCUUUGUGUUUUCAUCUUGAAUGGUAGUCUAUUUCAACGCAUGGAUUUACUGCCAACAUUUUUAAACAAAUAACUAGCAGUGUAGUCUUCCAGUCUCAAAGAAAUCACUUAAGUCUCCAGAAAGCAGCUGAAAAGGCUGAAGAGUCAUCCUUCAUUGAAUGAGCCUGAAGAGUGAAAAAAACCAAAACAUUUAAUUAGACAACAAUGUCCAGAAUGCUUCCGAGUAGGGCACAGUAAAUCUCUUAUGCUAUGUUCCAUUUAAGCAAUAGCUAACUUAUCUUUAGGUGGAUGAUUGAGAGGAAAAGAGGCAACCAUCAUAAAAGGACAGUUUCACAUACUCAAGAUUUCAAGCGAUAUUGGUAAUCAUAUGAAUAACUUGUGUGAAUUUCCCUUGAGGAAAAAAAGUAUUCAAAAAGUGUUGCUCUAAUUCUCUGCUGCUUACCUUUUCACAGGAACAAGAUUUAGGAGAAUUCAGGCAACUAGUUUGAUAUUAUAAGUCACAUGAAUAAGCUGAUGUGGGGUGCUUUCUUAACUUUUUGAAUGGAUUUACAAGCCACAAAUGUUUGAUACGAGUGGGAUGUAUCAAGCCUUGGAAAAUUUACAAAAUGUGUGUUAAUCUGUAACAUCAUAACACUUGUUAACUAAUGUGUCAAUUCAAUCAAAGCUAUAUACAUUCAAUUUCAGGCGACUGAUGUAACCAUGCUGUCACAGCCUCAAGACCCUUGGCCAAGGAAUCUGGAGUGAGAUCAGACUGGCCGUCCAUCAGCAGAUAGAGCUGGGUGUCAUCUGCAUACUGGUGACAACCCAGCCCAAAGCUGCAAGCUAACUGGGCAGUGGGGCACAUAUAGAUGUUAAAUAGCAUGGGGAGGGGAGAAUCGCCUCCUGAGGGACGCUGCAUACCAAAGAAUUGCCAAACGUGCCCCCUUCGAGCCUCAGCCAAUCAGUUUCAAAUAGUGGAUUGGAAUGUUGAAAAGGGAAAAAAAGAGUUUGGCAGUUUUAACUGUUGGCUAGCUGACAGAUUUAAGGUAGGGUUGCCAGCCUCCUGGUGGAAUCUGGGGAUCUCCUGGAAUUACAAUUGCUCUCCAGACUACAGAUCAGUUCCUUUGGAAAAAUGGCUGCUUUGGACUCUGAUAUUAUACCCUGCUGAGGUCCCUCCCUAAGUUCCACCCCCAAAUCUCCAGGAAUUUUCCAAACCGGAGUCAGCAACUGUUGAAGGUUGUUGGAUUUUGGUAGGAGAAGGGUGAGGAGGUCUGCUGGUUAGGCAGGGAUUCCAUUAAGGACUUUAGGGUUUUUGAAGUUAGGUAGAAUUUGGGUGCUGUUCUUGUCAAAAACAGUUAACUGUUCCAUGUUUCCUUUCUGUUCCAUGUUACAAGUCUGAAUCAGUCAAACAAGAAAUCUGCUUUGUAAAUAUUACAUUUCCUCAGGCCCCAGCUCCCCAGUAACUAGGUUGUUGUAAUACUGAGAGGGCUGGAAAAAAGUCAAACAACCAAGCCAUGCAUAUCACUGAAACAAACCUGUUUCUUGUUUUCAUCAAGCCUACUGUGUGUUUCCUUCAGGCCUUCAUAACAGGUCAAGUGAAUGCUGGGUGGCACCCUGAAUUCAGGCAUUGCCCUCACUGAGAACUAGGAGACUAAGCAGUCCCCAAAGCAUGUCUGUCAGUCUGUCUGUCUGUCUGUCUCUAAAGUUUGUAAGCUGUGAAAUUUUAAGUUCCUAGUCUGAAGAUGGGUCGUUGUCAUAUAGACCAAAUCUGCUUUACACCAGAGGUGCCUGUGCUAGAGAGCAAAUAUCUUGAGCUUCAAUUGUUCAGAUCUCUUACUGGAGAUCUGAUUCUGGAAAUUAAUAGUAUCUUUAGAAAAAUCUGAUUAAUUCAGUUUAUGAAACAAGGGAGUCCACUAUUGGUGUAAUUUUGUGUGAAGAGUAUUGUAACCUAUAAUUUUCAAAUUAGACAUGUUUCAAAGCAAUUCACCUUACUGUGCAUUAUCAGGUUCAUUUAUGACAUUCAGCUGCAGGCGCAGAGAAAAAUAAAUAGUUCUUGUUGCUUGUUUAGAAGUGGGGAACUGGGACUUCUCUCAAACAUCUCUUCAAAAAGAAGUACUUGGAGGAUUGCAUUAGGUAAGCAAAUGAAUUUCUGGGGAUUUAAACAGGCCACAGGCAUCCAUCAGUAACUAUGAUUUAAAGAGAAGGGAAUUGAACAGCUAUGUUUUUAAAGGUCAUAGAAAUUGUCCCCAAAGGACCAGGUACAUUUUCUUUGCAAGGAUAAUAUAGAUGCAAAGACAGGUACUUAAAAUAUCACAUUUGUUCUUAUGGAGGACAUUGAUUAAGUACCCUAACAGGUAUUUUUUCCAUUACUAACUGAAGUAUUGUGAGUUCUAGUUUCCUUUAUUAAAGCAAAACUAAAAAAACAAGCAAAUGUGGCAGUUUGCCCUUUUGAUUUACUGCUGCUAACAUUCUUGGAAAAGAAUCAGUUUUCUUGAUAGGAGAGGAGAGCUGAAGAUUUCUAGCUGGGGUGAGUAGAACUGGGAUGCAGGUACAGCUGGGCUCCAUGAGUCCAGCCUUGAGGAUCUGAAGCAGGGCUAGUGAAAAUACUGCUUGCUUUAGCAGUGCCGGAUCACUUACUAACACCUUACUGAUGAAAAUCAACAUGCAUGUCUGGAGAAAUGACCCCCCAGCGAAGGAUGUAUCCCAAUAUUUUGGUAAUUGUGACUGCACUCUUUCCAUGAACAGGGACUCAGCAGCAAAUCAAUAGUUGGCAGAAAGGAGGGAGUUGAAGCACCAAGCACAGAGUACUCAAAUUCUAGGUUUUUCUAAUUCCUGCUGGUAAGUCACACACACUUGGAGUACUUUACUUUAAAUAGGUAGACCUGUACUGUUUUGAAAACCAAGAGGAAUUUUGUUCUUUUGGUUAAAGUACUAGAAAAAAUGUAAGUGUCCAACAGUUCAAAGUUAGCUUCAUCAUGUGAAAUGGCAUAGUGUGCACUAUAGUGUGCCUUAAUGCUAAUGUGUGUUCAUUUAUAUCUAUGUCUAUUAGAGACAACACAUCCAUGCCCUUCCCCUUUCCUAUCUCAGCCCUAGUUAGGAAACUGAAGCUGGAAGAAUUCCAAAAUCAAGCAAUUAUUGCUAACAAGAUUUUUAAAAAGCAUACCCAAAGGUAAAGAGGUGGUGGUGUUUUAGCAGGGACAGGGACCAGAAAGCAAGGAUUGAUACUUCGGAAUGGUUGUAGUGUACACAAUAUGCUCUGCUUGUAUAUUCAUAAAUAAAGGCAACCUAGAUCUCCAGCACUGCCCCAUCCAAAGGAAUCCUCCUUCCCAAACUUCUCAUUGAUCAAGGGGAGUAGAUUGGGAGAAACCAUUAUGAAGACUUCCAAAGGUGUGUCUAGUGCAGCUAAAUGUGAAUGUCUGGCAUAAAAGAAAGAAACAUCUGUAUUCAAACAUGAGAUAAAUCCAGCUUGUAUCAGCACAAACCAUAGCCAAUCUGAAUUCCCUGAAGGCAAAUCUCACCCCCGUCUCUUUCAUCGCUUUCUUUACCUUGUAUGGAUUAGUCUACAGCCAAAGUUCCAUUAGAGGGAAUUAACUACAUAGUCCAUACCAAAUAAACAUUUUACAGGUUAAUGAUUAUAUGUCUACACAGCUGUGUUGAAAUUAAAUGUCAUACAGGGCUAAUUAUGUAAUAAGUUAUCAUUUUUUUGCAAGCACUUCAUUUAUAUGGAGCUUGAUCCUUGGGCUUGAUCCGGAAACUGCAGCUGGUUCAGAAUGCAGCUGCACGGGUGGUUGCCAGAGCACCAGUCAUGGCUCAUAUAACACCUGUACUCCGUCUGCUGCACUGGUUGAGUACCGGGUCCGGUUCAAGGUUUUGGUGUUGACCUAUAAAGCCCUAUGCGGACUGGCCCCAGCAUACCUUCGGGACCGCCUCUCCCCAUAUGUUCCCCGGAGGUCGCUUCGAUCAGCUACUAAGAACUUGCUGAUGGUCCCUGGCCCCAGGGAGGUCCGCCUGGCCUCUACCAGAGCCAGGGCCUUCUCAGUUCUGGCUCUGACCUGUUGGAACUCUCUGUCUGAGGAAACUAGGGCCCGGCAGGAUUUGUUAUCUUUCCGCCGGGCCUGCAAGAUGGAGAUGUUCCACCAGGCAUUUGGUGGGGGCUAGGCUGUCCUCUCGCUGGCCAUACCACUGAAUACCUUCCACCAGCCAUGAAGGACAAUGCUGUAUUUUAGUAUUUUAUACCCAGCAAUUUUAAUUGUUUGAUAUGAUGUUUUAAUGUUUUUAUAAUGUUUUUAUUUUUUUAAGCUGUUAAACCGCCCUGAGCCCGUCUGACGGGGAGGGCGGUCUAGAAAUGCGAUUAAAUAAAUAAAUAAAUAUAUGCCUCUUUUUGUAAAAUUACCUUUCUGUUGUGCAUAUAAAUGGAUCAACCUAAUGCAUGUACAUGUAUGAUGAAGUAAACUCUGACUCUAAAUUGC